GACAUCGACAGAAGCGAAAACCAAUUGUGUGUUCGUGUGUGUGUGUGAGAGAGAGAGAGAGAGAGAGAGAGAGAGAGACAGGGAAUGACUGGUGGGAAAAAGAGUAGCGGAGGAGUAGGCACAGAGUCGGUACAGACACCACCAACUCCAGACAUCGACGGCGGUGGUGAUGAUGGAAAGAUGGGUUUUGGUGGUGGAGAUGCGGAGGAUAUGACGGUGGCGGAGGUGGAGGCGGUGGUGGAUCAGGUGGAGCAUCGACAGCAGGAGGAACUGAAUAAUCAUGAAGAAGGAAACGAAAACGAAGCUGAAGAAGAGAUAGAAGACGAGGAUGAGGAGGAGGAGGAGGAAAAUGAUAACUAUAAGGGUUAUGAUCAGUUCGAUAACAUUGAAAUCGAAGAAGCCGAGGCUGAAGCUGAAGGUGAGAGGCCGAAGCUUGCAGAAGGGUUUUAUGAGAUUGAAGCCGUACGAAAGAAAAGGGUUCGAAAGGGUGAAGUCCAGUAUCUCAUCAAAUGGCGAGGCUGGCCGGAGACGGCAAACACAUGGGAACCCUUGGAGAAUCUGUUGUCAUGUUCUGAUGUCAUUGAUGCAUUCGAGGAAAGUUUGUCAUCGGGGAAACGUAGACGUAAACGCAAGUAUGGAGGGCCCCACACUCAAACCAAGAAGAAGCAGCAGCUGCAGCAGCAGCAGCGUUCCCCUGCGGCUGCUACUUAUAGUGUACCAGCUGUGAAGGUCAGGAUUAUUGAGGAGCCUUUGCACUUUCCUCCUAUGAAUAACUCCAGCCUUACCAAUGUAGGUGAGACUAGUGCCAACAAUGUUGAAACAGUCAAUCUAGCAUAUGAGAAUGGGCACACUCUGGUUGCCCCACAACUUGAAGAAAGGAAAGAGCAAAAUGAGCUGGAUUUGAAGCUUAGUGAACUGAAAGGAACUGUGACUAUCAAUGAGGACCAUGUGGAUGAGUUUGCUGUACAUUUCCAACCGGCCUUGGCCUCAGAAGGGAAUGGAACUGCCAAUGGACUAUCAAAGAUUGAUGGUGUGGAACCAGUUGAAAUGGGUCGCCGCACUGGAGCUAAAAGGAGGAAGUCUGGUUCUGUUAAGAGGUUUAAGCAAGAUUCUGUUUCAUGUGUCACAAAUGAACAACAAAAUGGAACAGCAAGAAGCACUAGUAGCUCAUAUGGUAUUGCUGAACAACAAGGGAUUCAGAACGUGAAUUUCAUGGGGAAUGAUUUUGGUUGCAAGAAUAGAUUUGGUAGUUCCAGAAAUAUGUUUACCAUCACUGAGAUUAUCAAGCCUAUGAGCUAUUCAGCUUCUGGGUCAAACAACAUUCAGGACGUCUCUGUAACCUUUUUGGCCAUGAGGUUUGUGAUCCAACUCAACUUUCUCUCCUGUGUAUUCUUCUAUUAAAUUUGUGCUUCUAUUUUGUUUCCAUGUUACCCUAAAUAGUAGAAGUUAUCCUCAUUGUAGAAGUCAUCUGGAGCUGUCAUUUAGGUGCAGUGUAAUUGAUUGAAUACAUCUUGAGAAAUCCUGCAAUUGAAAAUUAAGGUAGCAUAUGAAUUAACGGCUUAUCUUGCACUGUUAGGUUUCCAACAUAGUUUCAAGGAGAUCUGCAACUCGGUUCAGC